GUUUGCCAUUGUUGUUAGGAGCUAGGGGUGUAUGUUUUCACAGAGAUGAUCAAUGCAUCCCUGCUUGAAGAUGCGCCUUCCGUUGUGUGCCACACUCCGCCAAGCCUGCAAGGAGUUCAUGUCUGGAACAUCUCAGACUUCAACUGCUCACCUGGUCUCCUUUCAUCAGACUUCGGGAAUGGCUUCUAUAAAGUUGGAUUGCCAGCUUUACUAACCCUUUUUGUGUUUAUUUCCUUUUUUGUGUUGCUGUUUUGGAUCUGGAUGGCAAAACACGAUAACAAACAGGUUCGACCAAGCAAAGAGGUUGUCGAUUCAGCCGCCAGUACAAGAUCAAGUAACCAGGUGGAUUCUAUACUGGAGUAUCAACCGUCUAACAGAAAGUUUAAAAUCUCUGAAAUAGGCACGGCUUCCAGAAGCAUGAUGCCCAAAGUCCGUGCCAAGUCUGCCUCCGCCAUUCUACUGCGGACGGAGUUCUACCAGAGGCGACAGCAGACUGACACAAAAUGGGACCAUCCCUCAACAACGCCUUAUGUGUCGCUGAAUGACAAAAUGUACAUCGGAGGGGAGGACUUGCAGAACUUUAUAGAAGUGCAGAAUUACCAGAAGCUGGAAGGAGGCAGCAAAGAAGAGUUUCAAAGCCACUAUAAUAUCAGCUCUUUCCUGACGCAAGUCUGCAUCGAAACACCUGGGACUAAAGUUGAUGUGGAAGCUACAAAACCAACACUGCAAGGUGACAGGUUUUCAAGAGAAGUUGAGGAUGUUGACAUGAAAAGUUCCAAUGGUACUGACAACCCAGAGCCUUUCUUAUAUUUAAGCAUUGCCACAGCACCUAAAGAACAAGCUGAUGUCAACCUCCCAAAAGACAAGAUUCCAAAAACAGAUGGAAACCACUUGGUCUCUUUGAAGCGAACAUUGACAUGGCCUUAUGAAAGGAAGAUGUGGAACCAGAGGUCAAACGGGUUAAGCAUUAGCGGAUCUUUCAUGGCACAGCUCUUCAUGCUCUCUCCUCAUCUUGGUGAGACACUAGAUUCUGGGAAACCAGAGCGUGAUAAAGAAUGGCUACAUAGCCAUCCCUGGAAGGAGCAUGAUAAUGGGAAACCUGAAUUCAAGCAAGAGGCAAAGUUAGUCAAUGAAACACAGCUUCUGUCUGAGAGCCAACCAAAGGCAGAAGCUGUUGGAGAAACAAUAGGUCGAAAGUUAAAAUCUGAAGCAUCACAGAAGGAAUAUGAUCACAUGUGUCCAAAAAAGGAUGGCCAAACAGAUCAUGGUGGAUCAGAGUUAAGUACAGAACGAAAGCCAAGGAACCAAACAGAGUUUCUUGUUCAGAAAGAAUCAGAGGUAGCAGUGGUCAGAGGAUUUGCACAUUCCUCACAGUCUAGGGUCAAAGCAACCCAAACCCCAACUGAUAUCAAGAACGCAAAAUUGCCCAAACCAAUAUCUUCUCAGUCCAGAGUCCGCCAUGCAAUCCAUCCAUCUCCAGGUUCAUCGUUUGAUGCCGCGACCACAAGUUCUUCUUACGACGAUGCCGUCUCGCUGGAAAAUAAUGAAUAUAACUACAUGAACCUGCUGCAUGAAGUUGUGGAGAACCGUGGGAGAUGGACCAGGGAGAGGUGGAAACAAAAUCGCCGGAUGCGCCCAGUUCACCAGUCUGCAUGCAAAUCCAAGUAGACCAUCAUAUUGGAUGCCAGUGUAAUGUUUCAUAUACCAAUCUGUGUAGAUUAAUAUUGCUCUCUCACUUUUUCAUUCUUAAAUAAACCAGGAUUAGAGAAAGAUACUGGCUUGGCAUGGGUAGGAGAAGGGUGAUUCACAGAAAAAAGCUACUUCAGAAACAACACAAAGUUCCUCACAAUGCCACAUUCUAGAACAUCUUGGGCAUAUUCUGAAGACACAUUCUGAAGGUGAGAAGUCCUGCACUAGGUAUCUUAAAUGUACUUUUCACAAUGUUUCUCAUGAGGUGGCCUCCUGCCAUCUGGGGAACUCAAUCUUUCACUGUGCAUCCUAUCAAAGCAACUUUCAGAAUGGACAUUGAGGUUUGGCCAACCUUGGUGGACAUCGGACAGUCCCCAGCUGGUGGUGCACUCUAGAGCUUCUCAUCCCUUCAGACCUACACAAUGUCACUUCCCAAACUACUGUAUGAACCUGGAGUCGGAGUGGUAGAAGAAGCAGCCUGGGACAAACGCCGUUGACGUUUGCAAUGACCAGACUCAGGAUGCUUCUCGGACAAAAUGGUGUGUCAUUACUUGCUGCUUUGCUGCUGCUUUUUGCAGUCGCUGCCUGGCCUUGUCCUCCUGCAUGCUAUCGCUGCUCUGUCUAUGUGGCACAGUGCGAGCAUUUCUCAUCACUCAGAAAAGUUUUAGCAGGUCUGUCAAAUCACACACAGAAGAUAGUCCUGCAGCAUGGAAACCUUAGCAAGAUGCCGCCAUUCUGCUUCACCAAAUUCCCCCACCUCCAUUUCUUGUCGAUCACGGGGUGCCCCAUUUCUUCACUGAACGACUUCACAUUUUCCUCGGUUCAUGUCAACAGCCUGAGAGUUUUGAACCUCAGCAACAACCAUCUGCACAGCUGCAUGAUCGAACCCAUGGCUUUCUCCGGCCUUCUCUUCCUGCACGAGUUGAUUCUAACCAACAACAGCUUGGACAUCUUGAGAAGAUCAUGGUUCCUGGAGAUGCCUGUACUUCUCAGGCUUCAUCUCGGGGGAAACCGAAUUACCUAUCUUCCUCCUAGAAUGUUUGAAAGCUUAACCAGACUCGGUGAACUGGUUGUGUCUUCCAAUCUGAUUCAGUAUCUCCCCAUGGACACUUUUUAUGGGAUGCCUCUGCUGACGAAGUUGGACUUAUCAAACAACAGGAUCCUCUUUAUCAACCAUGAGGUCUUCCAACCUUUGCAAGCCCUCAAGCAUCUCCUCCUGUUUCAAAACAGGUUGACUGUCCUGCCCACCCUUCCAAGUUCCAUCAGCCUCCUGUUUCUUCAUGAAAAUCCAUGGGAGUGUACUUGCCAGCUGGUGGUCUCCUUGGUGCCGUUGCUGGCUAAAAUUCAGUCUCCCAAUGGGGUCACUUGUGAUGGGCCUCCUAGCCUUGCUGGACAGCUGGUGGCAAGCACAAGGCCUGAAGGUUGUUCCCUUCGAUCUGAACCUCAGGCUCCAUCUUCAUCUUUGUCCUCAUCCUCUUCUUCAUUUCCAUCAUCUUCAUCAUCAUCAUCAGUAGCAGCCACACAUGUUGCAACAUCGGGGUUUUGGAACCUCAGCUUGCUUUAUGGAUUUCUAGGAGGGGUCCUUAUUUGUUUAGUGAUAUGUCUGAUUCUCUGCUGCUUUUGCCACUUUCGACGAUAUUGCAAUUGCGUCCACUUUGAACACAGGACCAAGAGCAGGCAAACCUACCAGAACCAGAUGAGCCGAUCAUUCUUGAAUGAGGAGAGGCCUUCAAACACGGAGCCACACAUCCUUUGCAGCUUUCCAGUUGUCGAGAAUACAGCAGCCGGUUUUGAAACAGGCCACAUGGUGAGAAGGAUGUCUUAUGGCUGUUCAAGCGAAAACUGUAGAACUUCCCAUGUGGAACAGAAGGAGUCUUCAUCCCAGAAGCCUCUGGUUGCAGUGUUGUCGAUGGAUGCUGCGGGUAAAACAGUUGUGACUCUUCACGAGGCAGGAACAGAAGUAGGGGGCCCUGCCAUGCAUCAGUCGCAUUGCCACAUGCACGAGGAAAACACUGACGGAAUGCACAAGGCAUGCGAAGAAAGAGCAGACAAAGUCACUGCAUGUGCGAAGGGCUGUGGCAGUGAACAGCAAUGUUCGGCGGAGAGACAGCGUGGAUCCUGUGACUCCUGUCAUGCUGCUUCCAGUCAGGUGGAAAGGAAAAAUUGUGCUUUGGAGAAAUCUGUUGAAAGACCAGUUUCACACCCCGAGAUUCAACUUGGAGGCCUCCAGUGCCCGCAAACGUUGGUCCAUAUAGAUUUCCAUGAUGGAAGUGCCCUGAAGAUGGAGAAAGACCAUAAAUGGGUUUGUGAGAUCUCUUCUAAGAGGAAGGAAUCUCAGCCAAGUGGAUUUCACUCCCACACUUCCCAUCACGGGUCAGCAAUACGGAGGAAGGCUUCAUCUCUUUGGCGACCUAGCCAUCACCAUCAAGCGUGCUUGGUGUCCCCUCAAACUGACAAAGCCUCUCGGGUGAAACUGUGGCAAGAAAGCUUGGUGCGGAGUAGACAUCCUAAGCACAGGAUCAGAAGUGGAGAGUCAACUUGGAAGACUGGUCUUUACUCUGACUUUUCCUUGUUGGCAAGCAAAGUGAACACGAGACAGGAAUGGAAACCACUCCAUGACCGUUGUCCCCAUCCAACUAGCUCUACAACCUCCACCUCUUCUAUACCCAGCACAUCCAGCCAGUCAGAAGAGAAUGGCCUCACCUAUCCAAAGGAAACCUCUAUUGAGAUGCGCUGUGAUGCCGACCAUCCUAGGAUAAGAGCGAGGUCUUCCCAACAGUUAGGUAAUGUCUCCCAAGUAAGGAGAAGGCAUCCUGAAUAUAGGAAAGCCAGGGGCUCACAAGACCCAGUCAUUGGUUUGAAAAAGGAGUCGUCCAUCAUGGAGAAAGAGUGGAAAUGCUCAAGAUGUGGUUUUAAAAACUCCAGUGCACACUCAAUAGCUCAGAGAACACAUACUCAAUGGAAUUCUAGCCCCAGGACCUCCAGAAGAAUGCGAGAUGUGGUCACCCGACAGUCCUCUACUAGUACAAUCCACCUAAAAGAGCGUGAAAGGGCCUUCGCUUGCUUCAGCCAGGAUGAGAACUCCGAGAAGUCGCUACCAGAAGAAUCCCGGCAUUCAAGAGAUUUGCCAGCCCUUCCGCCUCCCACUGGAGUUUCUCAGACUGCGCAAUGUGAAAAUGAUGCUGAAUCCACUUAUGAGGAACUUUGUCCUCCUGUGGCCAGCGCAAUGCCACUUACUGAGGAGACCUCUACACAACUGAUUCUGAAAAAUGAGGUUGGGAGGGUAGGUAUCCUAAAGGCUGUAGAAACUGGAAGGGUGGUGGAUCACUCCAUGGACACCUACUCUCCCAGAAAUACAGACUCAGGAGAAGAAAUUGUGGAUGGGGAAGGGUCUUUGGAAGCAGUUCCCCUUGGCGUUCUUGGCCAAGACUUGAUGGAAGGUGGACAGGAUACUCCUUGUGCGUACUCAAAUGUGAUGCUUUCAGAAUCCUGCUAUGAUGCCUCCAGGUGCUUUCUCUACAGGAUAGAGGCAAAUCUGUCCCUGAUGGAGACAUCCAUCUCUAGCCGGAGCUGCAGUGAAAGGCCUUAUUCGGAUGCUCAGGGAGAUGGCUAUGAAGAGCUCACCACCGCCAUCACCUCCUGCUGCCCUGUGGUUCAGAAAAUGUGCCAGAUUAACUUUCCUCUUCUGUCUGAAGAGGAUGAACCACAAGGAGAAUAUGAGGAUCAGACUGGAGAGCUAGGGUAGAAGCCAUUGAAGCCAAUGAGACCAGCGGGGUUCUGUUGAAAUCUUUAGCUAUUUUAUCCCAGUGUCACUGUUUUGCAAAAAUAGCAUCCAUUCAUAAAAGAAAAUCAUGUUAAUGUCUAUCCCUAUUUCAUUCCAAAGUUGCUUUUUAAAAAAUGGCAUCCAUCCAUGAAAGUAAAUAAUAAAUAGUGCAUAUGUCAACUUGUCUAGUGUAAACCCUUCUCUGUUGGGGUUGUUCAUUUGCAUUUACAUAAUGCCCAACAAACCCCCUCUGAACAAAUUCUGCCAUGGAAAUUUCAUGAUAAGCCCACCUUAGGGUCACCAUAAUUCAAAAAUGACUUGAAGGCGCACAACAAAUAACCAUUAAAGGUACAGGAGCCGCUUCCAAUUUUCACUCUGGCAACCCUACACCUGGAUGGUAGUUUCCUACCAACGUUUUGUUUCAAUGACCCACCAACCCUCCUGGAUGGAAGUCUCCACUCUGCUAGAAUGGUUGCCAGCCAGGUCUUUGGCCAGGUAUGUCUACAAAAGACUCCUUUUGUAUGACAAAUUUUUCUGAAUUUCUCCAAACCAUCCACUCACCUACUGACCACCAUUGAACGGUUAUGGAGAGAGCAAGGAAACCAUAAGGAAUCGCCCCUAAAAUCCCAACCAUCCCUAACGUUGUGAUGGUUCUCCAUUUGUUGAAGGUUGCUUUCCUUCUUGAUCGAAUGAAUGAAGCUUCCAGUGCAGCAGCAUCUUCGUGGACUCUACUACUUUCUGGCCAACACCAAUGAAGAUUUUAAAAAAUGUUCACGAGUUGUGGUACAUUUU